GCUGCCGGGACAACCCCCAUCUUCUUUAGGCGCGUUGGGCAAGCUGGCGGCACUGGGGAGGGGAGACGUUGCUGUCGCUUUUAGUGACCCUGGGGCGCCUCUCUGCGGGACCGAAAACUUAAAGAUAGCCAGAAUGGCAGAAAAUGGUGAUAAUGAAAAAAUGGCUGCUCUGGAGGCCAAAAUCUGUCAUCAAAUCGAGUAUUAUUUUGGUGACUUCAAUUUGCCACGCGACAAAUUUUUAAAGGAACAGAUCAAACUGGAUGAAGGCUGGGUACCUUUGGAGAUAAUGAUAAAAUUUAAUAGGUUAAACCGUCUAACAACAGACUUUAAUGUAAUAGUAGAAGCAUUGAGCAAAUCAAAGGCGGAACUCAUGGAAAUAAGUGAAGAUAAAACUAAAAUUAGAAGAUCUCCAAGCAAACCCCUCCCUGAAGUGACUGAUGAGUAUAAAAAUGAUGUAAAAAACAGAUCUGUUUAUAUUAAAGGCUUCCCAAUUGAUGCAACCCUUGAUGACAUAAAAGAAUGGUUGGAAGAUAAAGGUCAGGUACUAAAUAUUCAGAUGAGAAGAACAUUGCACAAAGCAUUUAAGGGAUCAAUAUUUGCUGUAUUUGAUACCAUUGAAUCUGCUAAGAAGUUUGUCGAGACCCCUGGCCAGAAGUACAAAGACACAGACCUGCUAAUACUUUUCAAGGAAGAUUACUUUGCAAAAAAAAAUGAAGAAAGAAAGCAAAAUAAAAUCGAAGCUAAAUUACGAGCUAAACAAGAGCAAGAAGAAAAACAAAAGUUAGCAGAAAAUGCUGAAAUGAAAUCUCUAGAAGAAAAGAUUGGCUGCUUGCUGAAAUUCUCGGGGGACUUAGAUGAUCAGACGUGUAGAGAAGAUUUGCAUAUCCUUUUCUCAAAUCAUGGUGAAAUAAAAUGGAUAGACUUUGUCAGAGGAGCCAAAGAGGGAAUAAUUCUGUUUAAAGAAAAAGCUAAGGAAGCACUAGAUAAAGCAAAAGACGCAAAUAAUGGUAACCUACAAUUAAGGAACAAAGAGGUCACCUGGGAAGUACUAGAAGGAGAUGUGGAAAAAGAAGCAUUGAAAAAAAUAAUAGAAGAUCAACAAGAAUCCCUAAACAAAUGGAAGUCAAAAGGUCGCAGAUUUAAAGGAAAAGGAAAGGGAAAUAAAGCUACCCAGAUUGGGUCUGCUAAAGGAAAAGUACAGUUUCAGGGCAAGAAAACUAAAUUUGAUAGUGAUGAUGAACAUGAUGAAAAUGGUGCAUCUAGACCAGUAAAAAGAGCAAGAGAAGAAACAGACAAAGAAGAAGAACCUGCAUCAAAACAACAGAAAACAGAAAAUGGUGCUGGAGACCAGUAAUUUAGUAAACAUUUUUUAUUCAUUUUAAUUAGAUUUUAAGCUGCUUUUGUCUUUGGAGGCUUUUAAAAAGAAAACCGAAUUAGGUCCACUUCAAUGUCCACCUGUAAGAAAGGAAAAUUUUGUUGUUGUUUAACUUGUCUUUUUUUUUUGUUGUUAUUGUUAUCAAAAUGAGUAUUUUUUUAUGUAUAAUUCUGUUUGUGUUCUUUCAGAUUAUUCAAAUAUCAAAAGAAACAUUCUUCCACUAAAUUGCCUUUGUAAUAUGAGAAUGUAUUAGUACAAAGUAAUAAAAUGUAUACUGCAUAAAAAUAAAAUAAGUUUAUUUUUUAUUUUUGUGCCCAAAGUAUUUGAGAAUUUAUCUUAAACCAGCAUAUUGGCUGUUGUGGUUAUAGGCCCAUCCCAGAGUUAAGUACUUAUCUUCUAGGCUGGCUUUCUGUAUUCACUCAAGCAACUUGAUAACAUUAGAAAUAAUUACUUACUGUGAAGUUUUUCAGUACUGAACGUAGAUAAACCAGAAUCAAGAGACUUACUGAUUUCCUUUUAUGAAACUUGUAUGAUGCCGGCAGGUCAUAUCGUAGCUCUACAAAACAAAAGCAACCUAAGGGUAAAAAUUAUACUUCCAAACAUUUACCGCCCUUGACUUAGAAAAAAAAAAAAAUUAAGGAAGUACUAAAUGCUGAUAAGCCAAACAUUUCAGACCUGUCACUUAAUUUAUCCAGGACUGAUUUGAUAUAUCCCCACGAUAAGCCAUGGCAAACUGAGCCUGGCAUUUGUUUGGGUCAUUUAUAUCAAAAUUUGAGAUUAUGGGGAAGAGUAUAGAAGGUUAACAAGUGGACAAAAAAGUAUAUCCUAUGAAAAUAUGAUAGUAUUUUCCUAUUUUUAAUUUCCUAAAUAAUCUAUAGCUACCAGUUGCAUAACAACCAUGCUUAUUUUUAAAAUUUCCGGUUUGGAUUUUAGUAAUGGUAGUAAGUAGCUAAUUAUUUUCCUACUGAGCUCUCAAAUGAAAAACCACUUUUCACAUUCUUUUCUUCUAAAGGAUAAUGUAGGUUCUCAAAACUUAGCACUGAUCAACUUUAGAGGGAUGGCAGUAAGUCUACCUACCUAUGCUUCAUAUUUUGCAACAAAUUCUAACUCCCUAAAUCACAGCUCUCAACUUUUAAUGUGCAAUCAAAUCACCUUCAAAUCAAAUCAAAUCCUGUUCAAAUGCAGAUUAUAAUUCAGUAGGUCUGGGCACAGCCUGCAAUUCUUCCAGUCUGACAAGCUCCCAAGGGAUGUCAAUGCUGAUGGUCCACAUUUGAGGACCACACUUGGAGUAGCAAGGCUCUGGCUUGGUGUCCUACUACUGGAACUGUUCUAAGGUCUGCAUGUUGCAUAUUAUAAUACCUUAAACUAGGUAAGGAAUGACAAUACUGAAUAUACUAGGAAGACAGACUUUUACACAUUACAUUACUAAUUAUUAUGAAGGCAAUAGAUCUAGUUAUGUGGUUAACCCUGUUUGUUAGUACUAAUCCAGUCAGUUUAUUAUUGUGUAAAAAAAUUUCCCCCUUAUUGUACUCUUAUUUCAGGCUUUUCAGAAUUACUUGGUUUAUAGUUAGCUUCUAGUUACAUGCUUUUCCCAUUUUGAUGUUUGUGAAUAUUACCCAGUUUACUAAUAAAAAUGUAUCAAACAUGA